ACAGGAUGUUUCGCAAAAGGCGCGAAUAAUAUCAACAAAGAGUAGCUAGUUGGGUUCUAACUUAGCUAGCCUAAGCUAUGCUCGUUAAGUUAUAAAAAAAAAAUGUAUGUUACUUUUUCAGUGCUCUAUAGACUAUAUGCUUGUUUAAAAUAUAAUCGGUUCGAAAGUUAAUUUCAGUUAAGUUGACGCAGGCUUUGUCUAAACAAUACUAUAACACUGACUGUAGCGUUAAAUAAACUUGUUCACAAGCCAUAGUGACGUUAAGCUAGUUCCCUAUGAGUAGUUAUACUUCAUAUUACUGUCGGAAUAUAAACACUGCCUCUAAAUUGAUUGAUAGAGUCCAUCAAUACGGGGUCCUUUUAAAUUUAGGUUGACCAUGUCCAAAGAAGGCGUGAAAUGCAGCCUUGUGAAGAUAGUGGAGAGUAAAGGGCAUAAACCGAAAUAUGCUGACAAGAUUUAUGAGGCCAUUAUGGCGAUGCAGUCUGUAGCGUAUCUGAAAUUCGUUGACGAGGAUGAUGUUUUGCAGAUGGACAAGAAAGACAAUUCUUUGUUUGUUUUCAGCAACUUCAACACUCCAGCUUUUCUGCACUGCAAGAAGCUUGACUGCCGAGUGGUGAGUCCACUAGUGGUGGUGUAUUGCCUUCAGCAGCAGCGCUGUGUACCCAAAGCACAGAAGCCCAUUUAUAACAUGGCCAUGGCUGACAUUACUGUUUGCUGCACCAACAUGGAUAGAGCAACGAGGGCAGAGGUGAUGGAUUUGGUGCAACUCAUGGGUGGAGAAGUCCUUCUUGACCUAAAUUUAACUGUCACACACCUGAUAGCAGGAGAGGUGGGCAGCAAGAAAUACUUGGUAGCUGCUAGCCUGCAUAAACCCAUCCUGCUGCCCACAUGGGUCAAAGCCUGCUGGGAGAAAUCUCAGGACAGUCUUUUCAGGUAUACAGAUCUACCCAUGGAAGGCUAUCUGUGUCCGGUGCUACUUGGCUGUACUGUGUGUGUCACAGGCCUCUCCAUCACAGAGCGCAAAGAGGUGGAGCGGCUCUGUGUACAAAAUGGGGCCAAAUAUACCGCUACGCUCAAAGUAAAUGAGUGUACACACCUCAUUGUUGAUGAAAAAACAGUUGCAGGUGAGAAGUACCAGUGUGCUCAGAAAUGGAAUGUGCAUUGUGUGUCUCUGCGCUGGCUGUUUGACAGCAUAGACAAGGGAUUUUGUCAAGAUGAGAGGAAGUACAAUGUGAAGCUCAAAUCAUCAAAAGUCACUCAACCGCACACUUCUACUCCUACUGGCACCAGCAAGAAAGAUGAGUGUCCAUCUCUGUUGGGCUUAAGCAACAUCUCUGUCAGUGCUAGCGUGACAGUAAAUGACACAGCCCUCACCAACAACAUCACUAGCCAUGUGGAAGGAUCAGACCGCACAGACAGCCUGGAUUACACUUUCUGCCCAGGUGAUGAUAUACUGGAUGGAUGUAAGCUGUAUCUGUGUGGCCUGCCAGAGAAGAGACUGGAGAAGCUGCGGCGCCUUGUGAACACUGCAGGAGGCCUGCGCUUCAAUCAGCCCAGUGAGAAACUCACACAUGUGGUCAUGGGAGAGCUGAACCAGGACCUCAAGAAUUUUCUCUCCAAAGUGACUCAUAGACCCCAUGUAGUAACAGAGCAGUGGCUGCUGGACAGUUUCUCCAAAGGCAGUCUGCUUCCUGAAGCAGGUUACCUCCACCCUGACUGUUUGCCUCCUGCUCCAGCAGCUGUAUCUGUGUCGACACAUACCCCUCCUGCUUCCCGACCCACAGCCGGUCCACCUGCAUGGAGUCCUAGUACUCCCAUGCAAAAGAGAGUGGAGGAGGAUCUGCUGUCACAAUAUAUGGAUGAUGAAUGUAUAGCGGUUAAUACACCUCCACCACCAUUAGAGGGCAACAGCAGGAAAUCCAUGGUUCAGCCUGAACCCUGGUCACCAGACCAGUCCAGGGGACCAGAACUAGACUCAACCCAGCAGGAGGCCAGUGAGGCAGGACUGUUUGUUAGCAUACGUUUCCUUAUUGUUGGCUUUGAUACAGAGGCAGAGGCGCAGCUCUCUCUGCUAGUGACAGAUAAUGGAGGCAGAGUGCUGACGGGCCGACGAGAUGUAGCAGAUUGUGCUGUGGCUCCACUGUUCGGUUGUUCAGUGGAGGCCACAGUGGACAUGGUGGUCACUGAUAUCUGGCUGGCAACGUGUGUACAGAAGGAGUGUGUUCUGCAGGUUUCCUCCAACCCUUUGUUCACCCCAGUUCCUGUGAUGGAUGGUCGUCUACCUCUCAAGGAUUGUGUUCUGUCCUUCAGUCAGUUCACCAGAACAGAAAAGAAUUCUUUGGUGGAGUUGGCCAAGUACCUUGGAGCCAUUGUUCAGGAUUACUUUGUGUACCUCCCCAACCAGAAGAAAGACAUGCUGAUUAGUACUCAUCUGGUGCUACAGAGCCCCGAAGGCACAAAGUACGAGGCAGCAAAGAAAUGGGGGCCUCAUGCUGUCACUGUGCACUGGUUACUAGAGUCUGCGCGGACCGGUCAGAGGGCAAAGGAGGAGCGAUUUCUAGUUGACCAGUCACCCUCACCAGAGGAGGCUGAAGAGAGUACUGCUGGUUGUUCCAGCGCAGCUGCCCCAGCUUGUUCAUCUCCACAGAUCCCUUUGCUGGGUUUCCAGACCAUCAAGGCCAUCACCCCACUGGAGUCAAGUCGCUUUCAGAGCAAAGCGCUCUGCUCUAUGUUGGAAAAGAUGAAGCCCAAAGAGGAUAUCAGCAACUCCAAACAAAACCAGAAAGGUGACAGGAGGCAUCCACUUCAUAAGGAGCCCUGUCUGCAGUUGGACACUCCUUCUCGUUUCCUCAGCAGAGACCAGCUCUUCAGGCCCUCCUUUAAUGUCAAGGAUGCACUAGAAGCUUUGGAGGUUCCAAGUGGGAAAUCCAAGGCAGGAGAGAGGGUGGAGACUCCACUAACAGAAGUUAUCAACAGGAACCUGAAGGUGGCUCUGGCUAAUAGCAGCCGCACUAAUGUCUCAGAUAUGCAAGCAGCCUCUGCUAGCCCCCAGCUUACCAAGACAGCUGACAGGGAGGUUCCAGAAAAGGAAGCUGGUCCCUUGAGUGGUGUUGUGAUCUGUGUGGGAAAGAAGCUGAGCAAAAUGCAAAGUGAACUAAAUGCCAUUGCUGCCUCUCUCGGAGCUGAUUUCAGGUGGACUUUUGAUGAUACCGUGACACACUACAUCUAUGAGGGACGUGUGGGGGACAACACACAGGAAUACAGAGGAGUGAAGAAAAAAGGAGUACAUGUGGUCUCCCAGCACUGGCUGCAAGCUUGUGCUGAGGAGCAGAGGCUAGUCUCAGAGUCUCUGUAUCCUUUCACCUACAACCCUAAGAUGAGCCUAAACCUCAGCCAGGUGCCCAGCAGCUCUCAGAAGUCUCGACCUUUAACACGGACCCAAAUCAGAAGAAUGACGGAGACAAAUGAUGACAUGUCUGAGUACAAUGCUGAAGAGGAACCUACAGUCCUAUGUCAUGAAAAUGAUGGAGACGUUGAUCAGAAAGAGAUGAAUAACAGUAAAGAGAGAAGCGAUAUUUCAGAGACUCUGCAAAAACAGCUCCAGGAGAUCAUUUCAGCUACCAAAGUGUCGACAGGAAGGCGUACCCCAGUAAAACUCAAAAGCCGUCGCACUCUGGAAGCACUAAGGGUUUCCAGAGAAGCAGCGAUGGACAUAAACACAGAGCCAUCCCAGAGUGAACAGAUAGUUUGGGAUGACCCUACAGCCAGGGAGGAGAGAGCCAAGCUGGUUGAUAAUUUACAGUGGCCCGGGAGUCCUUCACAGCACUCAGAGCCCCUCGCACCUCCGCCUCCUCCCUCUGAAAAGUUCACGGACUCCAUGACUGACUCUGAGCUGGUGGAGAUGGCUGCUUGUAAUGUCAUCGACCAGCAAAGGGACCAGAAAGUCAUGACCCCUCCAUCAAAAGAGCCAAAAAAUAAAAUCCCCACUCCUAAAGCUCCCAGCAUUGCCUUCCCUCUCACCAACCCCCCAGUAGCACCAGAACCCAAGGAAGAGAAAAAGGAAGAAAAGCAGCCACCCAUAUUUCAGCUGUCCUCCCUCAGCCCUCAGGAACGUAUUGAUUACAGCCACCUCAUAGAGCAGCUUGGUGCUGUAGUCCUAGACAAGCAGUCUUUUGACCCCAGCAGCUCCCAUAUCAUUGUAGGGACUCCUCUGCGCAAUGAGAAGUAUCUGGCAGCAAUGGCUGCAGGCAAAUGGAUCUUGCAUCGUUCAUACCUAGAGGCUUGCAGAUCUGUGGGUCACUUCAUCCAGGAGGAUGAGUAUGAGUGGGGCAGUACCUCCAUCCUGAGGUCGUUGUCCAACAUCACUGUCCAGCAGAAGAGACUGGCAUUGGCUGCCAUGCACUGGAGAAAAGCUCUGCAGGGACGCACUGAAAAUGAGGGUGCCUUCAGUGGGUGGACAGUCAUGCUGAACAUUGACCAGAAAAGAGAAUCGGGUUUCAGGCGGUUGCUGCAGACUGGUGGAGCAAAGGUUUUGCCCAGUCCCUCCCCAUCACUGUACAAGGAGGCAACUCACCUUUUUGCAGACUUCAGUCAGCUGAAGCCUGGGGACUUCAGAGUUGAUAUAUCAGAGGCUACCUCACAAGGAGUUGCAUGUCUGAAGCCAGAGUACAUCGCAGACUACCUCAUGCAGGAGUCUCCUCCACCUAUUGAGCGGUACUACCUGACUGAAGCUCCUUCUGAGGAAACUUUGUCACGUAAGCGUAAAGCAGCAGCUGACACCACCAGCCUGAAAAGGUCACGUGUGAGCUGAAAUGUUGUUCCUAGAUGUUGUCAUCAUAUUUGACAGUAAUUGAAAACGUGAUUUUUUUUAAUGUAUUGUAUGAAAACUAAAUAAAUAUAGCAUUGUUUUUGUAAUUCUGUAUUUUUUAUAUAAGAGCACUGCAGUUGCUGGUGCCUGCAGUGAGACUGUAGUUGUGAUGGAUGAGUCAGU